ACACAUAUUCAUCCUUGUACUUCGAAUUCAGUGUAGUAGUCCACUAAAUUCUUGAUUUUCAGAAUGUCAUCUCCUCCUAGAGUUGAUUUUCCAACGUCGGAUAUCGAUGACAUCGAGAUGGACGGGCCACCUCAGGAUGGCACUAUCGAUCAAUCACUAUCCAUAGCUCCUCCGCCCCAACGUCUUUUUCUCCAGGGAACACCUUCUGCUGCAGGAACUCCUGCGCGACAAAGAUAUGCUAACAGCGUUGCAGCUACGCCUACGAGCGGUAUCGCUGCCAGACGGGCGCUUGGAAUGAGCACUCCUCGGCGAGCACCACGAACACCUCUUUUUGCUCCCGGGAGCUCCCCACUCGCAUUCCCAAGUUCUUCGCCUGCUAAAACUCCCCGGAGGAGAGUCGCGAUCGAUUCUGAUCCAGCUUUUCUAGACUCUGAGCCUCUCGCCUUUCCUUCGAGUCCAGCCGCUGCUCUUGCUACGCCAGUCAAGAACCGUCGCGGGGACAUUCACUCUUCUCUUUCCCUAACACCAACCGCACGGCGAGCCAGGCGUGGCGAUUAUAACAACGAUCUUAACGAUAAUCUCAACUCAGAUGGAACUCAUCUUUCCAUUCCCGCAUCGUCUGUACCACACCUCUCAGCACCCGCCGCGCCCUCUGACGAGCCAGAUGAAAUCCGCGCCAUCUGGGGAACCACCGUGAACUUGGCAGAGACAAUGAAACUCUUCCGGGACUUCCUGCGCGGCUUCAAACCGAAAUAUCGCGCCACCCACGAUCGUCAGGAGAACCUCCGCACUCGGACAUUUGCCACCCCAGACGAAGGCGAAAUCGUGCUGUAUGAGACGUACAUGCGCCGUGUCCGCCAGACGGGCGAAACGAAUCUCAAUCUCGACAUGAUUAACCUACUUUCCUAUCCGCCAUGCAAAAAGCUCUUUGCGCAACUCCAGAAAUACCCGCAGGAAGUUAUACCCGCGAUGGAUCAAAUCCUGAAGGACCUUAUGCUCGAACUCGCCGACGAGGACCAGCAGGCCGGCAUGGACGGCAUGCAGGGCGACCAAGGCGACGAAGAGAUCGCUGACAUCAUGGGCAAAGUCUACAAAGUUCGUCCAUUUGGGUUGACAGCCGUGAAUAUGCGUGACCUCAACCCAUCUGAUACCGACAAGCUCAUAUCUAUAAAAGGCUUGGUCAUUCGGGCCACGCCCGUGAUUCCAGACAUGAAAGUCGCCUUCUUCCGCUGUCUCACCUGCUCUCAUACUGUACAAGUCGAAAUCGACCGUGGCAAGAUCGAGGAGCCAGCUCGGUGCCCGAGAGAUGUCUGUGGCAGCGUAGGGACGACGUCCCUCGUGCACAACCGUUGUGAAUUCGCGGACAGGCAGGUCAUCCGGCUGCAGGAGACUCCUGAUGCGGUGCCUGAUGGCCAGACGCCACACACUGUGUCACUAAGUGUAUAUGACGAGCUUGUUGAUGUGUGCAAGCCCGGUGACAGGGUCAUCGUCACUGGCAUCUACCGCAGCGUCCCUGUCAGGGUGAAUCCUCGCCAGAGAACGAUGAAAAGUUUAUUCAAGACCUACCUCGACGUCGUCCACGUCCGUCUUAGCACAGGUGGUACGCUAGGACUCGACCGGAGUACACGUCCUGCGGGUGGUGACAAGGUACCGGGUAUAGGUGGCGUUGGUGACAGUGCAGAUGAUCAAGAACUCGAGGAGCAAAUUGCAGGCGCUGAGGGGGGACGAACACGCAAAGCAGAACUUGAAGCGAAGCUCAUCGAGCUCAGCAGGCGGCACGAUCUUUAUGAGCUCCUAGCCCGUUCCCUCGCACCGUCAAUUUGGGAAAUGGACGACGUGAAGAAAGGUAUACUUCUUCAGCUCUUCGGUGGCACCAACAAGAGCAUCGCAAGAGGUGGAGGCGGAGGUGGACCGCGUUACCGCGGAGACAUCAACGUGCUUUUGGUCGGUGACCCGGGUACCAGUAAAUCGCAGAUUCUGCAGUAUGUUCACAAAAUCGCUCCUCGUGGAGUCUAUGCAUCUGGCAAAGGCUCUUCGGCAGUGGGUUUGACCGCGUACGUGACUCGAGACCCUGAUUCCAAGCAGCUUGUCCUCGAAAGUGGUGCUUUAGUGUUGAGUGACGGUGGUGUCUGCUGCAUCGAUGAAUUUGACAAGAUGUCCGAUGCGACGCGGAGUGUGCUCCAUGAAGUUAUGGAACAACAAACCGUCUCAAUCGCCAAAGCAGGUAUUAUUACCACCCUCAACGCCCGUACAUCUAUUCUCGCGGCUGCAAACCCUGUUGAAUCAAAGUACAACGUCGAUCUUCCCAUCACGCGCAAUAUCGACCUCCCUCCUACGCUCAUCUCCCGUUUCGACUUGCUAUAUCUGGUACUCGAUCAAGUAGACGAAACCCUCGAUAGAAAACUCGCGCAACAUUUGGUUGGGCUGUACCUCGAAGACGCACCCGACACUGGUGGCUACGAUGUUUUGCCCCUUGAGGAGCUCUCCGCAUAUAUCGACUUUGCGCGUACGAACAUUCACCCCGUCCUCAGUUCUGAAGCAAGCGAUGAGCUCGUCGCCUCCUACGUUUCCUUGCGGUCCAUCGGCGCCUCAGACCCCCGCUCAUCUGAAAAACGUAUCACAGCUACAACCCGUCAGCUCGAAAGUAUGAUCCGCCUCUCUGAGGCCCACGCCCGUAUGCGCUUCGCUGCGCACGUCGAGUUGCAAGAUGUACAGGAGGCAUGCCGCCUCAUGCGCGAAGCCAUCCGCACGAGUGCUAUGGAUCCUCGCACUGGCAAGAUCGACAUGGGCUUGUUAAACACCGGUACUGGUGUUGGACAACGCAAAAUGCGGGAUGACAUGCGGAGAGAAUUAUUAACGAUGUUCGACAGUGGUGCUGGAAAAGGCAAGGGCAUGAAAUGGGGCGAGGCGAUGAAACGCCUUGCGGAGCAGAGUAGUAUCCGUGUUGAUGCUACUGACUUUUCUGAAGUUAUCAAAGCGAUGGAGAACGAGGGAGUGUUGACUGUGGUUGGGGAGCGGGAUAAGAGGAUGAUUAGAAGAGUUCAAGGGGCGUGAUAAGUAUUAGAGGUUCUGAGGCAUGGAUCAAGUUUUGCUUGGAAAUGUUCAUUUUACUUGUUGUAAUUGCUUACAUGUGUACUGAUACUCUAUCGACUACGAACACGUCAGGAUUAACUACCAAGCUAUGAACUAUCUCAG